AUGGCUUUCACUGGCUUCUUCCUCGUCUUCGCCUUUUUGGCAGUGCUUGCGUUUAUGAUUCCCAUAGGUCGGCGGUCUAAGAGCCUCCCUCCAGGACCGCCAACUCUCCCACUAAUUGGUAACCUUCAUCAAAUUCCCAAGACCGGAGCGCACUACAAGUUCACUGAAUGGUCGCGUACUUAUGGUGGUAUCUUCUCUUUGAAGCUGGGCCCGGCUACAGCCGUGGUGAUUACGGAUAGACGCCUUGUGAAGGAGAUGCUCGACAAGAAGGGCAACAUUUACAGCGCGCGGCCCCAAUCAUACGUCGCGAACGACCUCAUCACCGGUGGCGACCACCUACUGGUGAUGCAGUAUGGUGCGAAAUGGCGUUUUUUCCGGCGGCUAGUCCAAAAUUACUUCAACGAGACGCGCUGCCAGCAAGAGCAUGUGGCGUUAGUAGAAGCAGAGGCGGUGCAGAUGAUGCACGACCUGAUGACGGAACCGAAAGACUUGAUGCUCCAUCCGAAACGUUUCAGCAACAGCAUCAUCAUGAGCCUGGUCUUUGGCAUCCGAACCCCAUCGGUACACACCGAGCACAUGCUGCAGCUUUAUGACGUGAUGGAGAAAUGGUCAGCCGUCAUGGAGACAGGCGCAACUCCGCCUGUAGACAUCUUCGGCUUCCUGAAACUGGUACCGGAGUCGUUGUUCGGUAAUUGGAGAAAACGCUCCCUCGAUGUCAACAAGAUGAUGGUAGCCUUAUACGCGGGUAUCGUUGGACGAGUGCGUAAGCGCCGUGCAGCAGGGCAUCGAACUGCCUCUAUGCUGGAUAACGUUCUCGAUACGAUGGCAGCGCCUGAAAUGGGCAACGACAACGGCCUUAAGCUCAACGAAAACGAGCUCAAUUUUCUAGGUGGCGUGCUCAUGGAAGGCGGCUCCGACACUUCAGCCUCAAUCUUGCUGGCCUUUCUCCAGGCUAUGAUCAGGUAUCCGCACGUGCAGCAACGCGCUCAAGCGGAGAUCGAUGCUUUGCUAGGUGCCGAAAAAGCUAGCCUCGAGCGCUCGCCUCGUUGGGAGGACUAUGCCCAGCUCCCGUACAUCGCGCAGAUCGUGAAGGAGACGAUGCGUUGGCGUCCCGUUACGCCUUUGGCGUUCCCCCACGCGACUAAUGCUGAUGACAUCGUCGAUGCGUAUACCAUCCCCAAAGGCACGACCGUGCUCCUCAACGUUUGGGGCUUGCACCACGAUCAAACGUACACUUCCGAGCCUCUGUCCCCGUUCGACUUCGACCCCGAUCGCUAUGCAGGUCGCACGGCACCCGCCCCAACGUUCGCCGCUUCCAAAGAUUACGAGACACGUGACCACUACGGAUACGGCGCUGGCAGACGGCUGUGUCCGGGUAUCCAUCUCGCCGAGCGCAAUCUGUUCGUAGGCAUGGCCAAGCUGCUGUGGGCGUUCGAAUUAUCAGAGAAAGCUGGCGCGGAUGCCGUCGACAUUGAUCCUCAGACUGGCUAUUCCGAAGGUUUUCUGCAUUGCAAGAAGGCACACAAGCGGCAGAAACAUACGUCGCAGCUCGACGAGUAUUUCGACAACCUCUACGAUGAUGGAUUGACGAGCUCCGCGUCGCCGGACAUGUACAAAUUGAUGCAGGAUCCACACCGCUGGUGGGUUGACGUCGGCCAAAAACGCUACCCGGUCGUAUACAAGAUGGCGAUGGAUCAUCACUCUGUGCCAGCCACCUCGUGCGACUGCGAGCAGUGUUUCUCCUCCGCCAGGAGAACAAUCACGUACGAUCGCAAUCAAUUAUCGCCCGCUGUCGUCGAAGCUUUACAACUCCAGAAGAUCUGGCUGACGAGAGAUGCCGUAUCAAGUCACCUCACGGCGUUGUCAAACCAGUUUCCGGACCUCAACACCAACCUCUUUCCUAAUUAG